AGCGGAAAACAAUAUUCAAGAACUCCACAAUACAACUUUCACCGGUUUACAGCUUUUGCAAAUACUGGAAUUCGGUAAUAACAGCUUAGUCCGUCUGCAACCUGGCGCCUUUACCGGUUUGAUAAAUCUUAGAAGCCUGGGUCUCUCACAGAACAAAAUUCGUCGGAUCGAACAGGGGUUCUUUUAUGGUAUGGAGAGUUUACAAUUUCUGUAUAUGGAAUCAAACAACAUUAGCGAUAUCGAGGUCGGCUCGUUUUCUGGACUAAGGAGUCUUCAAUUAUUAAAUUUGUCGUCUAAUUCCAUUCAGCACUUGCAACGAGGGAUGUUUUCAGGUCUCAUAUCGCUUUCGUAUCUUGAUUUGAUAAACAACCACAUUCAAUCCAUUGAUGGCUUUACGUUUGAAAAUAUGGCGUCUCUUCAGUUUCUAUUCUUCCUUGGUACUGAACUCGGAGCCGUUAGCCCGGAUGCACUAACUGGUCUAACAUCAGUAGAGAAAAUGUCUACCUCUGACAAUCGUCUAUGUUGUCUUCUCGAAGAUAAUGCUGAUUUCACCUGCGCAAGGACAUCACAGACCAGUCCCUUGGACACCUGUAGCAGGUUAUAUCCAAACUUGGCCUUGAGGAUUGCAGGAUGGGUCAUGGGUUUGCUAGCUCUAGGUGGCAACGGCGCUGUUCUCUUUAUUCGACUACGGGAUAGGAAAAAGAAGGUUUCCAGAGUUCAGAAUACCUUUAUUGCUAGCUUAGCAAUGGCCGAUAUUCUAAUGGGACUAUACAUGAUUAUUAUCACUUCUGUCGAUCUUUACUAUGGAAAUGAGUUUUAUCUCAGCGCCCCUCAGUGGCGAGGAUCCCAGCUCUGUCGGUUUGCCGGUUUCCUUGGCUUUCUUUCCAGUGAGGCUUCGAUCUUAACCCUGACCUUGAUAACCGUCGAUAGGUUCAUUUGCAUCAUGUUUCCAUUUAGGCCAGACCUAAAGAUUGAGCGCAAGAGUUCAUUGAUUCUUGUCAGUGCUGUUUGGGUUUUCACCAUAAUGUUAAGCCUGAGUCUGGUAAUCAUUACAUCUUACAGACCGGAUGUUUAUGGCCUCUCCGACGUUUGCCUUGGUCUCCCUCUUCAUGUCGAAGCUGCAGACACAGGGGUAUUGGAGAUCACAGGGAAUUUCUUUUUUGAGUAUCAGGUAAAUUUCGUAGUCACAGACAACAGUUCCAGGCCCCCAUGGCUAUUUUCCCUUAUAGUUUUCAUUGGUUUCAACCUUGUAUCUUUCACUUUUAUCUUGAUCUGUUACAUAAUGAUCUUCGUCAAAUCCUCAAGAUCUUCAGCGAGAGUUCGGAAAAAUAGCUUUAAUAAGCAAGAGACCAGAUUGGCCGUUCGUAUGGCGAUGAUCGUUGCUACUGACCUCGUCUGUUGGAUGCCUGUCAUCAUCAUGGGAAUCCUAUCUCAGACCGGUGCAGUCACCCUCCACCCUUCCCUCUAUGCCUGGACAGUGAUUCUCAUCGUCCCUAUCAAUUCAACGAUCAACCCUUUCCUAUAUACCUUUAUCAUUCACGUCGAUGACCUCAUAAAGAAAAGAAGGAAGCAGAAAUAUGAAACCUAACUAAAAAUGUAACCUAUUGUUCUAGGCAAUCAAGGGCUAAAGAUCCACCAUUGCUUAAGUUUGAUAUGGAUUUGAAAAAUUUUCAAGGUUUACUUCGACUAGUAAUUAUACUCAUUGCCUGGUGGUUCCUAAGAUUCAGUGACGACAAUCCAUGUGUUCCAGACCUUAGAUUGCUGAAUUGAAUAUUUAUUUGAAUCACAACCUUAAUGCAUAUUUUUUUUUGUUUUCCAAUGUAAAGUAAUUGAUUUGCCGA